GUGCUCUCCUGCCCGCCUUUGAGCGCUCCUGUCCCGGCCGCGGAGGAGCAGAAGUAGCCGCUCCUGUUCCGUGAUUGGAGGAAGACACGCAUCAACAAAGCAACAUGGCUGAAGUCAUAGAACUGCAAAAGCUCAAGCUUGCGGAGCUGAGGCAAGAGUGUGAAGCUCGAGGCCUGGAGACAAAGGGAAACAAAGGAGAACUCAUCGCCCGACUACAGGCCUAUCUGGACGAGCACGAUGAAGAUGUGGAUGUGGAUGAUGUCCUGGCAGAAGAUGCAGAGGACUUCAGUAAAGCAGACAGUGCCAGUCCUGUGAAGAUCUCUAAACCUCCAGAGACAACUAAUACAACGAGCACAGAGGAAGUUGCCAAAAAAGUGGUAAAAAUUGAGCCGCCUUCAUCAGCAGCUGAAAGACUCCAGAAAAGAGCCGAGCGUUUUAAUAUGCCAGCGACUGCAGAGAGCAAGAGGGCCCAGCGAGCAGCUAGGUUUGGCCUCCCAGCAGAUGCAAAGAGUCCAUCACUAGGUUCUGUUGCCACCGGAAAAACUGCAGUUAAUGUGGAUCAGCUGAAGAAGAGGGCAGAACGAUUUGGUGUGAAUGUGUCUUCCAUUUCACAAAAGAUUGAAGAAGAUGAGAAGCUAAAGAAGAGAAAAGAGCGGUUUGGCAUUAUGACUGGAGCCACUGGAGCAUCGCCUGAUGUCGAGGCCAAGAAAUUGAAGCGUGCAGAGCGAUUUGGAAUGGCAUAAUGUUUUCAAGCUUUUGUAAAAUGUUUCAUAUCAGUUUAACAAAACCUCACAAAACUAAAUUACAAUAUUCAGUUUCUAAUAAAGCAUCACCCAGUGUAAAUAGGUGAGUUAUUUAGGUCAUUGCUUUUUAUUUGUGUUUUAAUCAAAAGAUAAUCCCUUUUUGUUUUCAUUUUAUUAUAAAAAAAAAAGAUAUCUUUCAUAGAUUAUGUCAAAUGAACCCCGUCUCUGGUUAGAAAAAUCUGUUGUUGCAAAAAAUAUAUAGGCACCUGCUGUAAACAUAGUAGUCAAAGUGUUGUUUUUUGUGCUUUUUAUAAGAUAUUUUAAAUUCUGUGGACUCUAGGCUGAAUAAACCAGGACAUAACUCCCUGAUAGAUAAAUUCACCUAUUUACAGUGUUCUUUGAUUUUAUAGUUUAUGUUGAAGGUUGUCCAUUAAAAUGCCUUUGUUCUAUGUCAUUUUAUAUAA